AUGGAGGAGAACUUUUCUUGCGAAAUUCGUGAAAAAUUGAAAAUUAUUUGUUCUUUUUGUUCGGUUUAUGUGUUGCUACCAAAGUCGUUUAUGUGUUUGUUGAGAAGGAAGUUGACGAGACCUUUUGAAGCAUUUCCCAGAUACUUAAGUGAGUAUGAAAAUAUCACUAAGAGAGUACCUAGAAAAUUGAAGGAAUAA